AUGGGUCGGCUCGACCGUAGUGAUACCAUGGCCUCGCAGAAAACCGGCGUCAAACAGUCGGCAAACGAGCCUACGGAUUACCUGAUGGUAAGCGCCGUCCAUGAUCACCCGCAGCGGAGGAAUUACGAGUGCGUUGCCGGGUUUUGGAGAUUAAGGAAUUGGGGAGGGAUCGGGAUUGUACUGCUCCAUCUAAUCUAUAACCUCAACCAUGUGCAUUCGAGCUUCGAGGACUCUAUCGAGGAAAUGGGCGACACCCACGAGCUAGACGAAUCCAGGGCAGAGCAUUCUCAUCAUCAUCACCACCUUCGCUACAGAAAGGGGCAUCCACAUGACUAUGACACUGACGAUUAUGAUAACUGUGACUGCGCGUGCAGUAAAUGUCAAGCGCCCUCUCCUUGCUGCAAUAACGUGUGUAGGAGCUGUGCAAGCAACAUGUACCAGCAGCAGGCGACUGGGCUGAGUGGCCAGAGCCAGGCUAGCGUAGUGUUCGUGCCAUUCCCAUACCCACUGAUGAUGGCAAGUCCAAUGAUGAAGAGCACGAACCACCAUACUGUAAUGCUCGCGCACCACGAAACGACACAUGAGUCUACUACACAGUCAACCACCACUCCCGCCCAAACCACUACCACCAGCACCACAACCCCCACCACCACUAUUGAAACGACCACAUCUGCAGCUACGAGCACGACCACCGCCAACUGCAGUUACAGCUCUGACCCCUUAAAUCCACCAUACCUAAAAUCCCAGAACAACGAAAAUGUCCUGGAUUCAGUGCUCAAGAGUGUAGUAGACGAUUACACAAACAUAAUUGUCAAGACCCCGGAGAAGCUAAGGAAUGGCAAUAACAAGUACAUGCUGACGUCACUGCGCCGGACAAAGCCCACAUGGAUGCCGAAAUUCGGGAUAGUCCCCAUCACUGAUGAUAUGGCCGUGAAACUUAUGUCACAACUCAAGGCUCGGUAUCCUAUCCGCACCCAGAAAAGGCCUACAUGCGGGACCUUACUAUUUUUCUUAUUGAUACAAGUGAGUAUCUGCAUUAGAAACUUUCACUUCCCGCACCAGUACUUCCACGGACAAGAGAAGCACAAUUACUACCCAAACUACGAGGACUCUAGCAGCGAAAGCAUGGUGCUGCGUUCGCAGAGGAACAGGUACCACAGGUACAACUCUGAUUACUCAGACUUAGAAAACAACUACAAAUGGGAAUGCAGGUGUAGCUGUGCAAAGUGCAGGAAACCUAAACCAAAGCCAUGCUGCAUGGACUUCUGCAUGCAGUGUCCCAUGCAAAACAACAUACUUUUAGUACCUUACCCGGUACCGUUUGUAAUCCCAAAUCAGUCUGCACCGCAUGCUACGGCAACCAAGCAAGCAUCAACAUACUCUUCUUCAUCAUCAUUACCUCAGCAAUCGACACCAACACAACCUCAGACGCCACCAGAAACACAUAAGUCCACAACUUCGACUACCUCAACAUCUACCACCACGACUCAGAGCAACGAUGUAAAACUGAAAGAAACAAGGUCUACUGCCGCCUUCAUGGUUGAAAACUCUCAUCAAAACCGUUUCCAAGUAAUACGAGACUGGAGAAGGAGAAGUAUGGGAAAUAAAGACAUGCGACCUCCCCCCAAGUUCGACCAACUGCCCAAGUAUGGAAUCGUGCCCAUACCUGAGAAAUUGGCGAUCAGAUUAAUGGAGCAAAUGAGGGAUAAAUACAGGAAAAAUCAAUAUAGAAGGCAAGCCAAUGUUGAUAGGAAUGUUAUGCAAAACUAUUAG